UUUGUCAGUCUGAGAGACGACGGGAAGCAGCAGGAGACGGAGCAGCCUCCCCUCUCCUCUCCAACGACCAAACACUCCGCUCCCGCUCUCUCCAACUCCCCUGAAACAACUCCCGACCUCCGGGACUCUCCGUCGCGUCCCUCUCCUCCUUUUUAUUUUCAGUUGCACCUAUUUUUGUUUCCUUCUUCUUCUUCUUCUUCUUCUUCUCACUUAUUCUAAACGUCAGCGGAGAUGUGAUGUAUCUAACGAGGACCCCCUGCCAGCGGUGACUUGUCUCCUUCGUGCUCCAGAGAGCCAAUCAUCAUCAUCCUCCUCCUCGCCCCCCCCCCAAAAUUCUCUGGACUUUCAUCUGCCUUUUAACGAUGUAGAAGAAGGUGCGCUUUUCCCUUUCGGCGACGACUAUGCCCAACUGCACGUCUUUUUAUUUGUGUUUCUUUUUUUUCCCGCUCGCCGCCUCUCAGACCGUUUUUUGUCCCCCGCGGUGGGAUAUAAGAGAUUUCCAUGAAGGCAAAGUUUGAGGGUACCUCUGUCGGCUCGCCCGCUCCUCACCUGUCCGCGUGCGGGCGCGCACCUUUCCCCGCGUGACAGAAAACGUUACCGCCAUUAGGACAAGUGACGCGCGAGCUAAAAGAGACCCUGACUGUCGUCCCGGUGUGGGGGGGUUGGUGGGGGUCUCGGCGGCGUCGUCGGAGGGAUUUGACGUGCGCAGCGUUGAGGGAUAUGGCUUAAAGGAUGGUUGCGCUGCUGGCAGCCGGAGGACGCUCCGUCACUUGAGUGUUUCCAUCAGAUAUUUUUUGUGUCGACUUUGGAGGAAAGCUGAAUCUCUGGAUGGGAGGCGAGCUGGAGGACUGAGUCGGACUCGGCAGCCCGAAAACAAUGUGGAUAAAACGGAGUGUUGCGCGCAGUCCGUCUGCUUCGAGGCCAGGCAGCUGUGUGGGGCAACGGGUGUGGAUCCUGCUGGCCGUGACGCACCUCACCCUGGACUUCUCGGCGGGCAGCCCCCUCAGCGAGAGCACGGGCGUCAAGCUCGCGCCGAAACCGGUGCCUCGCUCUCGUCCUCGCUGGCAGCCGCUGUGGGACGCGCCCAACAAGCUUCACUGGAGGACAGCCAGCCCGUUGGCCCGCCGCCUCCUCAACCCCAUCCCUCCACCCCAAGACAGCAGGGCGGGGAUAGGGCCCAAGGUCAAGGGCCAAAAGCAUCGAAAGCCAGCGCAGAAGGGACCGGCGGCGUGUAAGGAGUGCCGGCUGAGAUACUCUCAAAUGGAGACGAGCGCUUUGGCUUUAGUAGCUCCAGCGGUUCCGCCCAGCGGGAGCAGAGGGGACGCGGCGCGGCCGUUACUCAGAGCCAGGAGGCAGCUCAAGUGGGACGGCCACGACAAGUCUCAGGAGGGCCGGACGACCACGGUGGCCGGAUUUAUUGACUGGGGACCCACCGGGACCGAUGGCGUCGACGACAACGGCAAGCCCAACGCAACGCUGUCCACCAAGGCCGUGGCCACCGUGGUGGCCACGAGCCCCAGCACUACGACCAGGCUCUCCCAAAGGACGUUCACUGUGGUGACUACCCCGGAGCCCAGGAGGCUCAGCACCACUGUCAGCAGAGGGGAGACCGUCACAACACCAAAGCCAUAUCGGGACACACCAGGUUUGGCAGUUCACCAGAUAAUCACAAUCACUGUGUCUCUCAUUAUGGUUAUCGCAGCCUUGAUCACAACACUCGUCCUUAAAAACUGCUGUGCGCAAUCGGUAAAUGGCCGCCACAACAGCCAUCAGCGCAAGAUCCACCAGCAGGAAGAAAGCUGCCAAAACCUGACAGACUUCACGCCGGCCCGCGUGCCCAGCAAGGUGGACAUCUUCACUGCCUACAACGACAGCCUGCAGUGCUCGCAUGAGUGCGUCCGGACUGCCGUGCCCAUCUACACCGACGAGAUGAUCCAGCAGACGCCCGUCUACAAGAGCGCUUACAACGGGAACAGGCCGUCCCCCACUGAGAGACAACUCAUUCCUGUGGCCUUCGUGUCAGAGAAAUGGUUCGAGAUCUCUUGUUGACAAGCUGAAGGCCGUUGCUCACUUCCUGUGGGUGGAAGAGACUUCCUGACUUCACGCUCCGGCUCCAGUUGGAAACGACAAAAACACACAAAAACAGCUUCUUUUGUAAAAUAGUGUGAUCACUCUUUGGACACUGGUGAAGAUAUUUAUUUUUCUAAAGAUGACAAGCAGAGCAGCCACAACGCUGCCACUCCAUAAAUUCCAGGAAACGUACAGUCAUUUAGAUAUAGAUUCUAUAUACGUAUAUUUACCGGAUGUGUGGGAUGAGAUUGUGGACGUCACAGGUGUCUCAAGGAAAACAUUUGAUGUUUUGAAGGAGGAACCCGAGGAGCUGCUGUGCGAGGAAGAUGAACUGUAUUUCUGAACAAUGUGCCAAUAAUGCCACUAUGUGCCACAACCUGGAUAGAAGGAAGUUUCAACAAGUGAUGGACUAAACGGAGAGCGCUAUAUCAACCCUGUAUCCACUCCAACUACGCUUUUGUUUCUUUGUUUUUUUAACAAAUGUGAAAGAUAAAAAAAUGCUACAAAUGUAUUUGAAAAUGUUUUGAAAUAGUUCUAAGAAAUGUGUUGCAAAAAUAAUCGAAAAAGAUAUUCAUAAGACGCACUAUUCUAUUAGUUUGGGGCAAGAGAAGAGAGGAGGGGGGGGGGGGGGGUAAAAAGAAACGGUACAUGCUUUAGUGAACAAAACAUUGUUUCUAUUGGUCCCAUUUUAAAAAGAAUAGUUCUGUCUAUUUUUUUACUCAGUAGAGUCUGCCACAGCCCUGACGGUGGCGCACUUGGGAAAACACCGAGAUUAUAACAAAGAAACCCAUCCGAAUCCACCUGGUGCCAGCCGACCCGACGCCCGCCACGAUCGCUUCAUUUCUUACGUUAGUCCCCGGUUCGGCCCAAUGGAAAGAGAAACGACGCGGUUCUGUGGUGCUGGAUCGCAACGAAUCCCACAGCGGCAAAUUGCUCCAACAGAUGGAGUAAAGGAAGCCACAACAGACUGCGCGGAGCUGGACAGGACAUUCAUACUGCCUCAGGUCUGUCGAGCUCUUUUGCACACUUCACCAUGGUCUCACUUUCAGUACAUGUUUGGGAUCCAUUGCGACGCUUGGUUGUGAUUUGGAGCUGCAACGCGAAGUGGAAUAGAUUUAAUUUGAGCCUCAAAAAAUCAAACCAUUCAUGUUACAAUUUGCAUGAAUAGGAAAGAGAUUGAAAAAAUUAAUCCCCCUCGGCAGAAAGUAGAUGAAUAUCCCCACGCAACUCCCGGAUUCACUUGAUGAAUUAAUAACACAUUGGGGAAGCUACAAAGUCUGAAUCACUGUCAGAACGUCAAGAAGGGCACGAGCCAAUUUGUUGAAGACAAAUUUCCAUUUUAUUUUUUUCUUCCCAACAAAGAAUGUAAGGAAGCUGUGAAAAAGGCGUCCGUCCGGGUCACAGCGAUCUGCAUGGCGGGUUUCAAAAAGGCGAGGAGGGAGGAACUCCCUCGACGAAUGUGAGGUCGAGGUCAGUCCCGCCCUCUGCGACACACAGGACAUUAUUCCCAGCAUAUCAGAACGUCAAGCUGUCACGGCCACAGAAAAUGGAGGUUUGAGCACGAAAUAUUGUUUUUUUUAUUCGUGCCGACACAGACAUAGGAUAAAAGGGGGGAGUUUUUAUUUUUCGCCGUCGGUGUAUUGUUGGAGGAAGGGGAUUAUGACGAGCCAUUCAGCCGUUGCCAAAUUGCUUUAAACUGUCUCUUGUGUCCUCGAGGUGAGGGGGAACUCCACGGCCGAGGAGGAGAGCGCUCCCCAAUAAUUGAAGUAUCGCCCCGCGGCCGUGAAACACAGAUUACCUUUUGUGUCCCGCGAAGCGUUUGACGGAAGCCGCCUACAAAUCUACCUUCUUUAUCGUGCUGUGGGUUUGUUCAAAGCACAAAUACAAUUCUGUUAUUGUAAACGUUUUUUUUUGGGGCUGCAGACAGCAAUAUGUACAGGUUCCAAAAAAAAAAAAUGAAGAAAAAAGGUGGCGUUUUGUUUGCGCCGCCGCCGCCAGCGGAUCUCCACCAAUUUGCUCCGGCCGCUCUUCAGGCGCCUACCCCUCCCUGAAGGAUCCAGAGGAAAAGCAGACCGUCUGUGAAUGCGAGCCGCUCAGGAGGCGCCGGCACGGCCUGGGGUCGACACCGCGGAGCCUGAAAACUCCCGCCACCACGUGGAACCCCCCCCACUCUCCCUCACGAGCGACCCGCACCGACCCAGCCCCCCCGCGCGCCGCCGGGCGGCCCGAGUUUGACAUAACAUAUAUUUUUUUGACCGAAGAGUGUUAUCUUAAUAGAAGGGUGACGGAGAUCUUGCUGUAUAUUAUACACGUGUAAAUGUAUUUUCUAUAUAUUUGCUUCUAUUUGUGUACAGGUUAUUUUUCGGGGGCCCGACCCGUUUUCGGGGGGGAGGUCUCAGCUAGAUCGGGGAUAGUGUCUUUGUUUACAUGUGUAACUACAGUAUUUCUUUCAACAACACAAAACUAACCGUGUGCCAAGCUUCCUACCUGCACUUUCAAGCAGUACAUGUAUUCUAUCCUUAGCUAACCAGUAUAAUACUUAGAGGCGCGGCGGUGAUUUGCGGGAGGAAGGUGGUUCCAGGAGGCGUUGGGAUCAUACCCUGCUGUGUUCACACUCAGAAACCAGCGGCUUUCUGUUCUUAAGCAUCAUUUACACAUCAACGCUAAUAUUGAGUGUUUCAGCCCAAGAAUAAUUAUAAAACUAUUGUUGAAAACAGCAGCUGCCAAGUAGCCAACUAAACUUAACUAGACUGGGUUGCAUUAAAAUGUCACAUCUUCUUUUUGUAAAUACAUUGCUACAACCGCCCCAGACAAUGUAUGAUUUGCCACAUUGUAAUCGCUGCGUAAACUGACCGAUAAUAGUAUUUAUGAGACCUUCAAAAGGAAGGUGAGGAAAGAUGGUUCGUUAACUUCUCGGUGCAUCUGCUGAAUCGACCUGUUUGAGAGUUAAGCACAGUGACGGGGGAAGCCAUUCACUUCACUGCAUUUCUCAAUGUUUUUGAAGGAUAAAUCUGGUUCAUUUCAACAUGUUUAUAACCUUUCUAGCUCCAACAGAAAAUGCUUUCGGUUAUGACAUUUCACUCACAAAAUGAACAAAUGAAGUCCAACUGGGUAAAACACAACUAAUGCGAGCACAGUUUCUCUCUAAACUGUGUGGCCAUUGUACAGUGUGCUCCCUCCAAAAAGGUUAAGCUAAAAUUGGGGCUUUGUUUACAACCUGACCGCUCGUGCUUUCGUUGAUUUAUUUUUUUACCAAUGUUGCUGUGUUCGAAGAUCUGAAAAUUGAGGUUGGCUUCAUAAAAUAUUACCGUGAGUGAAGGCAAAAAGAGUUUUACGGAACUGAAUUAUCCUUUGAUCUCAAGAGACCAGUGUGGAGGAUUAAAGAGGAUUCAUCAGCAAAAAUACAAUGGAACAUUAACAAGAAUAUUUUCACUGACGUUUAAUCAAGUGACCGUUUUGUUAACUUAGAAUGAUGCCUCCGUAUCAACAUCCGGGUCCUGUUUAUUGAUCGUUGCUCUGCCAUGUUUCUACAGUAGCCCAGGAGGGACAAACACUGAAUCCAGACAGGCCCCUCAGUCUGUUAAGGUCCCCGUAGUUCUUGGAUAGAGAGUGAUGGUGGACUUUUUUGGCCUUUGCCAUCUUGGUAGUUGAACAAGACGUGUCUCGAGAGGGGGAGGCUAAACACUACUGAACGUUUAAUAAGACACUUUUAGGCAAUCGGCAGUUUCAAUUAACCUUGAUUUGAUGUGGUGAGUCCAGUGAGAAGUACAGUUAUAUUAUUUUAUUCAAUCAAACUUGUAUUCUGUAGAUUUCACCAAAUGCUACACACUGGUCCUUUUAAGAACACCAAACCAAAUGUCUCCAUUACUAAACACUGUAUCUGACCUUAUUGUGUGACAGUGAUUCCACAUUCUUUGAAACAUACAAAACCACAUCAGCGAGUUUCUUUCUCUGUUCCCCAAAAAUACUAUUUGGCACAUCAAGCCCACAGGGAGCUGCUACCUGAUAGCGAUUCCAUUGGCGUUUUUGAAGGACUUCUUCGACGAGGCAGCGGCUCUGACAUGUACCUUUUCAUCCGGAGACUUCGGCAUAGAUCGCCCUCCCACUUUUGCGUCUCAACUGAUAAGUCAUGAAAUGCCGCUUCCUUUCCUUUUUGGUUUAUAUUUCUGGAUGGCUGAUGAGCAGCGUUGUAUCGUAGCUAAGAGGGAGGAAAAUUAUUCCACUCCGCUGGUCAGAUUUGAUUCAGGAAACAUUAUUUCAAGCAAAGGCAGAUGUGAAAGGGGGGGGGGGGGGGGGCUCGCAAAGAAAAGUCUUGAACAGACACCAAAGACUUGAAAUGCCUUUUUUUCCCACAGCAAAUGAAUAUUUUUUUUCUCCCUUUGUUCUUCUUCAGCCAACGCUCCUCAGCACAAACGAGCUACCAAUCAGCGAGGGUUCCCCCGUCCACGCCAGGGAUGCAUGUCAGACAUACAGAGCGCAACCUAUUGACAUAUUUGUUUUCAAAAUUACAUGAAGCCUGAACAUCGGCACGGCCGAGGUUUUGUUUUUUUCCCACAACGCGGGAGGAGAAGGAUCGAUGGGCCGGCUUGUUUUAAUCAAGGCCUUCAGCUCCGAGUGUAGAAACAUGUUUCACAGCCAGCGAGUGAUUUUACCACAAAUAUCGGGCCAGGUGAGACUCGACGAGACGAAGGAAAUGUUCAAUACGCCCAUUAAAAGUCUAAUGCAGCCUACAUAGACUAAUAUCUUACUGAGUCCUUCCUCUUUUUUUUUUUUGUCGUCCAAACACUGUAGCUCCUCACUCCGCUUCUCCCCAUCGUUUCAGAAAAAUCACGUACUGUGCGCUUACUCUAAAGCGGAGGGCUCUGACUCUCCUCUCGAGUCAUGUUUUUACUUUUCUAUUCACAAGAGCUAAGGCACUGUCGCUGUCUGUGCGUGUCAAUACAAAGAAAGAAUUCCCAACUCUCCCAUUGGGCCCCCGGCUGGAUGGAGACCGGCUGCGUGACGCCGAUCGGCCGCUUCAUUUGCUUAGUUCGCCUCCGGCGCCGCGAGCAAUUAUGGAAAAAAUAGAUCCUUUGUUCCCAGAGAGUCGAUUAAGAAUGAAAUAUAUAGAUAUAAAUAAUACAUAUAAAUAUAUAUAUAUAUACACAAAAAUAUCAUAGUUUCUAGCGUAGAGGGGGUUGUGUACGAUUUUUUUUUUCUCGUGGGGGGGGAGUCACAUGUGGGCACACACUGGUCUGUUCAUCGAAGCUGACUUACAAUCACAAUCCAUACCUACCAUGAAGGAAACCUGACUCGAGUUGUGUUGUCGCCAUAAAAAUGAAGAGUUUGUACUUUGUGACUCUUAAACUUUUUAUAUUUGUGUUUAAUAUAUCAAUGAGUACCUCUGUUGACUUUUGUAUAAGACCUAUAGUAUAUACAAACACACAUACACACACAACACACCUCCACAAGUCUGUCUCUGUGACGGCUAAAUGUUGUGUGACUUUUAUUUUUGUGUCUUAUGAACCACAUCUCUUCCUUUUGUAGUUAUUGGUAAACGUUUCGAUUUCCAGGUGACUAUGAUUUGGUUACUCUUGUACUACUAAGCUCUGUAUUUGCAAGCACUGUAAAUGCGAUUCUCAUUGGAUUCGUCCUCUGUACAUUUAGUACUCUGAUGUUGCUAUUAAUAAAAUGUAAAACAACACGG